AUGGUCGAAGACAUGACACAUCCUUACCUCAGAUUCCUCACUUCCGUUCUUUGGGAUAUUGCUACUGCUAAUGACGAUGAAGAACUUGGAAGCCCUACUCACAAAGUUGCUGAAAACUCUUCGGCAGCCCACGACCGGUUUCGCCCUUCCGCUUCAAGCUCGUCAGGUAGGUGGAGUCCGCGAGUUUCCGUCAACCUUAUGUUCUACUUGAACCCAAAUCGGACUGUUUUCGAGAAAUACACCCAUCUGCAACCUUGUGCGUUGGCGGAGCCCACUAAACACGGCUUAGCAACAUACAACCAGUGGAGUGGACCUGAAAGUGUUCACGACCGGAACACCGCCAUUGGCUGUACAGACCGAGCAAACUCAAUUGAAUCUCUCGUUUAUGAUGUCCUCCAACUGAAUGUGCUGCACACAGGCCGCCUCAUGAUUCAGUUGGCACGAUAUUCGAGAUAUCGCACAUUCAGUCGAAGAACAUCAUAA